ACGGAUGAGGAGGCAGAAGAGGAUGGCGAAGGGGCGGAUGUAAGCUCGCUGUUGUCAUGUCCUGCUGAGGGAUGCAAACGCACCUAUCAGAAGUAUCAAAACCUGAAGCGCCAUUUGCUCAUCGGGAAGUGCAAGCUCGUUUCAGAGAAGUAUACCCUGUUAGAUACCUUAACAUUGGCAUACGCUGAGAGAGUUCACGAGGGCUCCACUAUUGAGCUAACAUUAGCUGCCCCGACCACCACUGAAGUCUCUUCAGAAUUUCCCUUGGUGCAAGGCUGGGCUCUAAAAGGCACGAAAAAGGCCACCCGUUUUAACGAGAAUCAACGUCAGUACCUCGAUAACAAGUUCCGGAUUGGACAGGAGAGUGGCCAUAAAGCCGACCCUGAGAAGGUGUCAAGGGACAUGCGCUAUGCUAGGAGGGACAACGGUGAGCGGCGCCUCGACUUGGAAGAGUUCUUGACUACACAGCAGAUUCAGAACUACUCUUCACGUACUGCUGCAAAAUUGAAGCAUGCAGUUACUGCUCAGUCAGGGCAUGACUCCAUCGACGAUAACAAUAGCCAGGCGGCCUGAGAACAGGAAGCUUUUUCUUUCCGCCCGCUUAGCUGUCCUUCACCAAUGCGAGCUGUUGCAUCCCAUUGUCUU